AUGGAACAAGAGAACAAUCCUAUCAUUAAUGGUGAAAUAGAUGAUACAAUGGAGCAAGAGAACAACCUUAUUAAUGAUGAUUUAGACUAUGUUCUCCCUUCUAAUCCUUUCUAUGACUUCACUGAAACACAAAACAAUCCAAAUUCAUCCAGUGAAACACAUGAUGAUCCUUUGCCAAAAUUUUCAUCUCUUUCUCUUUCUGACAAACCCUUUAAUCUUCCACUUUUGCCCUCAUCUUCAUCAGCAUCUUCAAGCAGUACUAACACAAGAACAAAGGGUACUGUUUCACCACCACCAUUAAUAUUGGAGACUUCUUUGAGUUCUUUUAAUGAGUGCAUGGCUUCAGAGGGCAUGAUGAUGAGGAGGAGAGAACAUGGGAUUCAUAUUGAAAGAUUCUUUAAUAAGGUUUUGAGAAAUCCAUGGCAAGUAAUGACUGAUGCUGCAGUGAAAUCAUCUUUCUGUGAAUUUAUUAAAGUAAUUAAUCAGACCAUGAUUUCAAAGCUUGUUCGAGUGCUCGUAGUUGACGUUGAAAAAUUCACACGUACUUGCUGCAAUGUCACCGGGGAACGCACAAUGAGCGUGUUGAUGGAGAGAUGCAAAUCUAAUGAUCAACAUGAAAUGCUUUGUGGAGCUUUCUGUCAAGAGAAUGUGAUUCUUGAUUUGGUCUUUGAUCGGUAUGGAUAUCAUGUGGCAGACAAGCUUAUUACUGCCAUCCCACACCAAUAUAUGAAGGGAAUUCUCAACAUCAUCUCUUCAAAUGGUGUAACACUUGCCAAGAAUCAGAACGGCUGUAAACUAUUACAAAACUAUGCAAAUCAUGCCAAACAAUAUGACCGUACAAAUUUCUUCUUGUCCGGAAGAUUAUCAUUUGUUUGUGAAACUUUGUUGAUGGGCGCAUUAGCACGUGUUUCGGAGCUUGCCGAAAAUAUAUACGGAAAUUAUGUUGUUCAGUAUAUCAUAUGUGAAGUUCCAAAUUUCAAACCAAUGGUAUUGAAAAGUUUGCAAGGACAUUAUGCUGUACUAUCUCUUCAAAAGUUCAGUAGUAAUGUUGUUGAGAAAUGCAUUGACUACUCAAAUGAUAUUGAGUUCCAAAUGAUAGUGAAUGAGUUGCUUUAUGAUCCAAAUAUGGAAAGAAUUCUGGGAGAUCAAUUUGGAAACUAUGUCAUUCAAACAGCUAUAAAGAAAGCUGAGGGUGAUUUUUUUGAUAAGAUCUUUGAAGUUAUCAUGUCUUUCAAGAACAAUCUCUCUUCCAAUAGGAUGUAUGCAGGAAAAGUAUUCAAAGCACUUGAGUGCAAGAGGAGUUUUCAUGCACACUGA